CGGAACGGCCCCAGCCUCCCUCCGUUCCUUCUUUCUCUCCACGCCCCCAUGAAAGAGCCAACGCCGUUUUUUCGAGUUUCGGGACAGUCCCACGUGGCGGUCAUGUCAGCGGGCCCCACUCCCCUCCUCUCCUCUCAUUGCUCCUCUGCCCCCACCUCCACCACUUCUCUCUGCUCUCCCUCCGUUCCUUCGCCGGCCAUAUAUAGACCUCCCAAUCUUCCCUCCAGAUUUUACCUCCGCUUCUUCCUCUUCACAACCCACUCAAAAACAAUCGGAAUUCAAUAGAAAAACCCAUGGACAGAGCCUCUUUCUUACCUCCACCGCCCGAUUUCCACUACGCCGACUCCGCCGCGCUGCUGGACCCGGCGGCGGCGAAAUGGCAUCAUCAUCCCUACCACUAUCACGAUGCGGAACAGCAACAACAACAACGAUUACAGUACAAUUUCCAUCAGCAGCAGCAAGAAGUGGGCUCCUUAGGCGACGAUUAUAUGGGCUGCGUUUUGAACGGGUUUCACGGCGACGGUGGCGACGGUGGGUUAGGGGAGGUGGUGGAGAUGAGCCGGAGCCCUUCUUCCUCCAUCCAAUUGAAACCCGACCCGGGUUUCUUCGCGAACGGCUGGCCUGAUUUUGCCCCGGUUGGGAAUCAUGUGUAUGGGAUUUCUAGGACAUCUAGCUGCCCGCCUACGGCGGCCGAGUCGUCGUCGCCGCCGGCGAUGGAGACCCCGGCUGCGGCGAGCGUAGUAGACGGCUCGAAGAAACGGAAAUUGGACAAGCCCCAACAACGUAGCCCUAAGGUGGUUGCGGUGGACGAGAACGGGGAAUCGAAGACGAAGAAGGUGAAAGCCGGGUGUGGAGAUGGAGGUGAUAAGAAGAGCAGCGUGAGCAGCAGCAGUAGCAGCAGCAAGAACAAGAACAAGAGCGUCAAGAAGGAGAAUUCCGGUGGGGAUAGCAGCUCAAAGGAAAACAACAGUUCCAAAGUUACUCAUGAAGUCCAGAAGACGGAUUACAUUCAUGUUCGCGCCCGCCGCGGCCAGGCCACUGAUAGCCACAGCUUAGCUGAAAGAGUAAGGAGGGAAAAGAUCAGCGAGAGGAUGAAGUAUCUACAGGAUUUGGUGCCUGGAUGCAACAAAAUCACAGGCAAGGCUGGGAUGCUUGACGAGAUUAUCAACUAUGUCCAGUCCCUUCAGCGCCAAGUUGAGUUUUUGUCCAUGAAACUGGCUGCUGUGAAUCCCGGUAUGGAUUUCAACAUCGACAGCUUGUUCCCCAAAGAGGCUGUAGCUAGUGGUGGGAACAAUUUCCCGGCUAUGGGGAUGUCAUCGUCGAGCUCGGAUAUGGCAGCAGCAUACCUUCACUUGAACUCACUGCAACAACAGUUAUUGGGUUGCUCUGGUCUGGACAUGGGGAUGAUGAUGAACUCUUCUUCUGCAGCAGCUGAUUUGGGGCUCAGAAGAACAAUCAGUGCACCAAUCACAAACCCCGAAACCGAAACAUUCAUCGAUUCGUCUUGUUUCCCACAGCAGGCAUCAAUUUGGGAUGCUGAUCUUCCAAGCCUUUACCAAGUAGCAUUUGAUCAAGCAAGGGCUGCAUCCUUCCCAUCCCAGCAAUUUGCAGGUACAGAGAGGGGAAAAAAGAUGGAAACUUUGAAAAGAAGUUCUAGCUAGUACUAGUAGUGAUGGAGGUUAGGGAGAACCCCACAACCUUGCAAUCAUGUUCAGCUGGUUCAUCUAAUCUGAAGAUGGAGAUGGAGAUGUGAUGAAGAAGUUGAGAAGAGAUAGAGCUCUAUUAUGUUCAUGCCUGCAAAUCAAAAUCUCUGAUGAUUCUUUUGCUUGCUUGUGGUACAUACCCCAUAUGUAUAUUUUUUUUUUGUAUGUAUACCAUCAUGUAUUAUUGCUAUCAAUAAAAGAUUAGCAUCAAUUUGAAGCCCUUUUACUGAAA